CCGUGUGCGCAAUUGUGCGGAAUCGAGCCAUAAUGACGCACGCACAUCGGAACGCGACGAACGUUUCGACGAAUUUUCAUUCGCGUGACAUUGUCGCCGUCGUUAUCGAAAUCCGGGCGGGAAUACGAAAACAAUUGUGGGAGAAGAAAAUAUUAACAUUAUGACAAAAUAAUUUCUUUUUUUUGAAGGUUUUGGACGGCAGAUUUGUGCGAGAUGAUGGUGCCACCGGAUUCCUAUCAAAUUUCGCUGAAUAUCAUCGAGGCGAUCAAACAGCAUCCGGUGCUCUACUGCACCGAGGUGAAGGGCAUAUCGGUGAAGCUGCAAGAAUUCAAGCAGAAAGUUUGGAGGCACAUCGCGGACGAGCUCGGACUAGAUCCCACAUGGGUGAGGUUGAAGUGGAAGAAUCUUAGAGACACCUACUGUCGUAUCUUAAAAUACAAGAACAAAACGGAUGAAGGUGGAAGAAGGAAGAAAUGGAUUUUUGAGGACUCUUUGAGCUUUUUAAAAUUCCCAUAUGAAACAGACUAUCAACCACAAUGUGUAGAAUUGACCAAGGAAUAUAUAGAGAGGAUAAAUUCGGGUGAAGUAAGCUCUGAAGCAUUGUUGGAACAAUUGGAAGACCGAAACAAUGAGGAUUAUACAGAAUAUUUGGAGGUUCUCGAAGAAACAUCAGAUGGCCCAGUUUCAAUAAUACCUGAAACAAUAGAAACACUGGACAACAACGAUAUACAAUUAGUUGUUCAGGAUUCAGUGAGUGAACAAGAUGCAAUACAACAAGAUCUUGUCCAGCAAAUACAAUCCAAAUAUCGUAAAAUACGUCCAAAACGAAUUAAGACCGAUCAUCCGUCCACUUCAAAAGCGUCUACUUCUAGUAUAACAAAGAAGUCUUCCUUUAAAAGCAAUAAUGCAAGUGUCCUUGAUACUGGUACAGUGCCCAAUCCUGUUCUAGUAACAAAUUCAUUAGUACCAGGUGUAUCACCUUUGAAAGGUUCAAGCAGUGUGAAAAACAAUGAUACUGAGCAGGUUUACUUGGCACCCGAGAGCAAGAGCAUAGAAUUAUUUUUUGAUAGCAUGGCUCAAGCAGUAAAAAAAUUGCCACCCAAGGCACAGGCGGAUAUCAAAAUGCAUAUUUGUAAGCUCGUCACAGAGGCAGAGGUGCAAUAUUCUAAUGAGUAUGUGCCACAGAGCACGCAACAAUUCAUAGCACCGCCUGGCAUGAUACCCAAGUUAGUAUUAAUACCUUGCAAUAUGAUAGAUAAUCAAAAUGUUAAUGACUAAUCAAUUUUUAUUAAUUAUACAUUGAAUAGUGGAUUUAUUAGAUUUGACAGUACAAAA